AUGUCAAACUUAUAUGGUCAAAACUUCAAAUCCUCACCUGCUAGAGCCCCUUCUUCUAAAAACAUUUGGGCCAACACAGAUGGUGGGAGCUCAUACCUGGAAAAAUUGUUAAAAGAGAAGGAGAAGGUGGCUUUCUAUAUACAUGACAUUCCUAUCUGCAAUAAUUUGUUGAAUCAAGAGAUAUUGAAGAUUUCUGAGAUGAUACCCAACAAGGGUUAUAAUGACUUUGACAGACUGCAGCUUGGAAGCUCGAGUCAUUCGAAUCAUAAUUUAGAUCAUUGGGAUAGAAAUUCUCAUCUUCAACAACAGGGAUCUCCAUUUGGUCAUAGUCCAAGUUCCUUACUUACAAAGAAGUUGGUGCGCUUGGAUGUGCCUGUUGAUAGAUUUCCUGGUUUCAACUUUGUGGGUAGGCUUCUAGGUCCUAGAGGCAACUCCUUGAAGCGAAUAGAAGCUCUCACAGGAUGUCGUGUCUUCAUUAGAGGAAGGGGUUCCAUGAAAGACCCCGACAAGGAGGAGCGUUUGAGGGGAAGACCCGGCCAUGGGCACCUUAAUGAACCACUUCAUAUACUGAUUGAGGCUGAAUCACCUGCAAAUGUUGUUGAUGUAACACUCAGACAAGCACAGGAAAUCAUCCAAGAAUUGCUCAAACCUGUGACUUAUUCUGUGGAUGUAUACAAAAGGCAACAGUUACGAGAACUAGCUACGUUGAAUUCACUCUUUGGAGAAGAAACCUCUCGACCUAGUAGUAGUACAUCUCCAUGCGGGCGUGGCGCAAUGAAGCGCACCACAACCACUAGGAAAGGGACCAUAUAG